GGAACAUCAACUAUCAUGAAAUAUUAUAAAAUAGUAAAAGAGUCGAGCAAAGUUUGUUAAUUAUUAAUUAAAGUAAUAUACACAAUGGAUAACGCAUCAAACAACAAUUGGUUGUCAUUAUUAAGACGUAAGAUACAGAAAAAGUUUAAAAGGAAUCGCCAAAAAGCUAGUAAUACGUGCGAAAACAUAGCUGAAGAAGCAAGUCAAGAAAAUACAUUGGAAAAUAGUCAGGAACAGACACAAAGUAGCACUGCCGAAACAACAGAUCAAUUGAAUAAUAUUAAUGCGAAUUGUGAUGACAUGAAGAAAGAAUUAUAUAAAUUAAACUGCUAUUGGCCUAACUUGAGUCGUGCUGGUGCACAAAAAAUCUUGUCGAACAAGCAAAAUGGAAGUUUCUUAAUUCGUGACAGCAGCACAGAAAACAAGUCCUUUACAUUAUCAUUUAGGGCAAACUCCAAAACAUUUCAUUGCAGGAAUCAAUUUGAAGUAUUAACACAAGGAUCAAAAAUCAAUAACUCAUUGAUUGACAUCAUUGAAGAUACAGUUAAGAAAUCUCAAAGUUCUGUUGUUGGAUUCGUAAAGUGUGAUAAUAGUGAUUUACUACCGAUAGCAGUACGUUUAAUCUACCCAAUAUGCAGAGAAAAUAACGUUCCAAGCUUACAGAAUCUGUGUUUAAAUCUCCUUGUGAGCAAUGUAAACAAAUCGAACAUCAACAGUUUGCCAUUACCGCCGAAGAUAAAGGAAUAUGUUCGGACAGCAUAUAAUACUCUUUAAAUGACCUUUAAUUGACAGAAAAAUUUGUUGAAAUUAACGGAAACUUUAUAAUUCAAAAUCUUCAGAACCAUACAAAUGUUUCUAGUUUUGUAACGGUCGAAAUUUGAAUUUUCAAACAUUUGGACAGUUUUACAACACUAAUUUGUAAGGUUUUCAAUCAUCAAAUUUCCGCUAAUUUGAAAAUCCCUCAAAUAAGAGAAAGUAUUUUCAAAAUUAUGUAUUUUCAAUGACAUCUAUCUUUAGUGUUAAGUUUACUUUUUUUAAUUUCACCAAAGAUUAUAUAUCAACUAAUAUCAUCUUUUAAUGAAUAAGACGAAAUAAAAAAUAUCCAGACUAUUAAAAAUCUAUUUUAAAAACGAA